AUGAUCUCUCGUCGCCGCGUUCACAUCGCCGUGGGAAUUUUGGCAAAUGGUCGCCCAUCGGCUUUAAACUGUUCUUUGAGAACCUGUAAACAAAAAAAAAAAAAGAGGAAGAAAAAGACGAUUAGAAGAGGAGUCAAUGGUUUUCAGUGCCUGAGAUGUUCGAUAUUGGAAAAUGUCGCCAUCUCCGACAAAUAUUCUGCAACGGAUUAUUCGGAGAAAUUCAAGGAGAUCAUGAAAAGUGCCAAACCGUUUCCCCAUAUCUCACUUCGAAAUUUCAUUGAUAACUCGUCGAACUUUGUGGAACAAUUAGAAACAGAACUACAAGAGUUCCCAAAUUAUGGACGAAAAGCAAAACGAUCUCUACCUACUCGUAUCAAAACGACCGAUUUCAAGAAA